AUGCAGUGUAGCCUGCCGGUGAACGUGAACGUGAACGUGAUAAGCUCCAAGGAGCGUCGGCUGCUCCGCACGCCCAAGUGUGCCCGCUGUCGUAACCAUGGUGUCAUCUCGUGCGUCAAGGGUCACAAGAAGUUGUGCCGCUGGCGCGAAUGCUGCUGCCCCAAUUGUCAGCUGGUUGUCGAUCGCCAGCGUGUGAUGGCCGCUCAGGUGGCGCUGCGACGCCAGCAAACUAUGGAGGCACUGGAGGCCAGCACCGGCACCGCCACCGCCACCGCCACCGGCAGCAAUGAGGCGUCAAGCGGAGCUGAGCCACACAGCGAUGAGGAGCUGCCGUCCACCACCUUGACAGCGCCCACUAAAUGCUGCUCCUCCAUGGCGGCCAACACGCUGCGCACGCGCCAGGCCUUGAUUACCCAGAAGCGCAUCUACAAGCAGCGGCUGCGCAACCUGCAGCAGUCCACACUGCAUAUCACCGCAGCCAUGGAAGAGUACAAGCAGCGUUUUCCCACGUUCAACUCACCGCUGCUGGAACGCAUGCGCAAGCGACGCGCGUUCGCUGACCCGGAACUGAACUUUGCAAUGGAUACAACGCUACUUGGCAGCUCCGCCUGUGGCGGCACAUCAGCUCCUUUGGCAACGCCGCCAACAACAAUUGGCAACGCCUUUUAUGAUCUAUUGGGCAGUGCCGCCGCAUCCGCCGCUGCUACAGCAGCAGCUACACCUAUCACCCAUUAG